GUGCUGAAUUAUUCUCUUAUGAUGGCGGAGAAGUCACGUGGAUCUGACAACCCUCAAGGAAGCCAGGAAAAGAGCAGGAGAGACAUCCUGAGGUCCACCAAGAAGGCAUGGGCUCCCUUGGAUGUGCCGUUGCCUCCGGGCUCUGAGGAGGAAAGCCAGAGUCUCACCAUCCCCACGCUGGAAGAUUUCAAACAAGAAAGUAUUCAACAGUGGCUGGACUCUGGAUUCUUUGUCUCUGUAAAUGAAGACUUGCAGCAAGUUACCGACCAUGCUGUUUUUUCCCAUGAGCAAGGAAUUGUUCCAAUGACUGUGCAGAACUACAAGAGGUCUCUGCACCAGUUUUCAGAAACUCAUACCCUACCCAGAGGGACCAGUUUCAACUCUUGCUAUUCGGCUGCAAGUGUACCACAAUGCAUUCCUGAAUGGCUGGAAUUUUGGGAAGAAGAUCCAGUGGAGAUUCUCUUGGAUCUGGGGUUUGGUGCUGAUGAGCCAGAUAUCUGCACCCAAAUCCCAGCCAGAUUCCUGAGCUGUGACUCAGCAGCCAGAGGAAUCAAUAUCCAUGUUUUCCUUGAAGCUCAAAAGCAGCGUAUGGACAUUGAGAACCGUAACUUGUAUGGCCGUUUCCGACAGAUAGAAAUCCUGGACCGUGUGGCUACUGCCUUCUCAUCUUUGCUGAAUGAUGUUAACACCCUGCAAAACAAAGCUGAAGAGAAAGAUGGAGGGGAACGUGUGGAAAGAACCUCAGUGAGUGGAGCCGAAGAGCAUCACAGAAGAGCCGGUGAACUUUUCCGGAGAGCUUCAAGGCAGACCAUUAGGAGGACCUGUAGUAGAGAAGCACCAAAGUCAUUGGAGAUAAGGAAAGAAUUUUCCAUCGCCUCUGCAAAACCAGGGGAAUGUGGAGCAGAGUUACCAGCUGUGACAAACAACCAUGAUCAAAGUCAUUUGUCUCCUUUGGCAGAGCAUUGGUCUCUCCAAGCCUGUGAUGACUUGAAACCUUCUCAUCCUCCCCGAGCUCUUCUGAAGAAGCAGUGGCCUUCCUCACCCAUGCUAGCCAAGCAGGCUUCUCCUUCCCGUGUGUCUGAGGGGUCAGUCAAGGACAGAACUCAGAAAGAAAACUCCGUUCAGACUAACAAGCUCAAGAGCUUGUCCCAUCUUGAGAGCAAAGCACCAGACUCCUUUGAAAUGGAAGAGGUCCAAAGCUUUGAAGAAGAGAUUGGGAAUCCUCUAGACCUGACUUCAGGAAUCAUAGGUGUCACAGUGAACAGAGCAAACAGCUGCCAGUCUGACAGCAGCGGGUUCCUGGAAGAACCACCAGAACCUCCACCCCUGCAGAUGCAUUUCUCGCUAGGCAGCCAGAGUCCUGGUGAGGAUGGAUGUAGAAAGCCAGUGGAUCAGAGCCAAUGCUUCGUGCCAUCCCAAGGCUGCCAGCAAGAGUCAGAUGAGCUUGAUUCCAAGAGUGUGGUGAGCACAUCUUUUUCAAGUCAAGACUGGAGCAUCUUGGAAGAAAAGGCCUCAACGUCUGUGGUGGAGAAAGCGUCUCAGUGUGAGGCUGUGGAGAGGACACCAGAAGUGUUGACCCCAGAUAUGGCCUUUGACGAGGUCCCCACGGGGGGAGAACACCCAAGGAAAGAGAGCCCUCUGAGGCAGCACCCGCCCAUGCCCCACACUGAACACAAGGCCAGUGUAGCUAUGAUUUCCUCCAAAUGUGAUCAUCCUCUUGGGUUUAUGGUGACUGAUGUCACAGAAAUGAAUGAUGGGUUUCUGAAGCCUGAGGGAGCUGGGGGACUGGAUGUGCAAAGCCACCACUGUGAGUCUCAGAAAUCACCUGGAAUUGAUCAAGCUCGAGACAAGUUCCUUCAUGAUGACUCCAAGGCCCCAAGAAGAGCAGAAAGCAGUAACCUCUGUCCUGACAUCAACAACAGCUUGCUGACGCGAGCAAGUCCACCACCGCAUGUCCCCAAGCCCAGUGACCUUAUUCAAACACCCAAAAAGUCCAUUCCCCACCUAGAUAAGCCGUCUGGAGGUACUACUCCCCAAGUGAAGCCAAGGUGUAGUGUUUGGGGUCAAAUACCACCCGGGGCAGAACCUGAGAUGGGAAAUCUUCCUCCAAAUGCUGACUCAAAGGCGUUUCGCUCCAAGUCUGUGCAAAUCCAGAUGUCCUCCAGUUUGGCAUUGGCUGCUCAGAAUGCUGUGGCCUUGGGGACCGAUUCUAGAAGAACAGUUUUAGAAUGCACUGUGUGUGACCCUGUUACCACAACAGAACCAGGACUGGGAACAGAAGCAAGACAGCUCAGUGACGUUUCCAUUCAGACUUACAUAUGUGAGCCCAGGUGCCAGCCCCUCGCCAGAUCUGUCUCUCUAGACACAGGCCUCCCUAGUGUCUACCCAGUGGGCACCUGCCAUGCUCCACCUGCCCACUGCUGCGGCUGCUAUCAUCACCAUCCCCACUGCCACUCAGAGAGACUAAGCCCCAGCCCGGUGGCCUCAGCCUGCAGGCAUUGCCCCUUCUCAUGUAGCCAUCCGGAAGCCCAGGUCGUGAAGACUUUGAAAGUCCUGCAGGACACUGCAGUGAGGGAGCUGUGUUCUUGCACAGUCCAUGAGAUGGAAGCCAUGAAAACGCUAUGCCAGAGUUUCCGGGAGCAUUUAGAGGAAAUGGAACAGCACCUUAUAGGACAGCAGGCACUCCUUUCCAGAGACAUGUCAGAAGAGGAAAGGAAGGAGGCCGAGCAACUGCAACGUCUACGCAAGGCCCUGCGGCAGCAGGUGGAGGAACUGGAGUUUCAGUUAGGAGACCGGGCUCACCAGAUCAGAGACGGGAUGCUGCUGCAGCUUGAGCUUCUCAUAGGAGAACCACCUGCACACUCUAGGAAUCUGCAUCAAUAUGACUGGACAGAAGAAGAGAAUGGUCAGGCUUCAUGUGCUGAAAUCCACCCAGUCGUGGUGCCCAGGGCUGCCUUCCCUCCCGAUGAGGGCCAGCAGGCUCCCUGCCCAGGGGAAAUGCCAUGUGAAGACAGAGAAAAGGAAGUCACCUGCAAUCCAGGAAGAGCGUCCUCAUCAGAAACCAACACUGACGGCACUUAAUCUUGGACAUCUAG